CCAGCAAUUAUUUUUCUUUACUUUUAAAUAAUUAAAUAAAACAGAAAUGACAUCGAGAGACGGAGUUUUCUCAGAAUUGCCGCCCAGUUUUGCGGACUUAACGGAAGCAGUAGAGAAAAUCGAAAUGCUAAUUGCAAGGAAAAAAUUGAAAUCUAAGUUAUUUUAUGAUAUGCUAUUGGGAUUUCGUGUGUUGGAGGAGGCACUGCAACAUAAGCAGUCGGAAGCUUAUGAGCUGGUUAUAAGAUGGGCUAAACUAUUUUUGAAAAUUCAGUUCAACCUUACAAAUCAACAUGAUGGAAUGCGCAGACAGUUUGAAAAAGUAGUGCCUCCCGCAAUCACAUACAUUAUUGGUUGUUUGCAAUACAAAACAAAGGCUAUAAUCUCUUAUCACUACCAAUUAUUGGAAAUGAUACAUGAGUUAUUAUUUAACCUACGACCGGGAGUUCUCGAAAACUUGGCCACAUUCGAAACCGGUGUUAUAGCUUGCAUUUGGUUUCCCAUUGGAUUUGUCGGCGAUUUUAACACACAAUUGUUGGCAUUGCGUUUAAUGACAAUGUUAUUAAAAUGUGUAGAUCCAAAGCGACUGCAAAAUGARCUCAAUAGUAUUCGUUGCGCAGACAAAUCAGUUUUAAAAGAUAAAUUAACUGCUGCCAUAGCUGUUGCUAAUUUCCAUACUGCGAAAUUUGAAAACACGGCAAGGGAUCUUUUGAACACUUAUAACAUGCAUUUAGCAAAAAAUAUUCUAGUUUAUUCAUUUCGUUGCAAAUCAUUCAAGUUCGGAGAAAAUAUAAAUUUUUUCAAGCCUUUGAAUGUAGACAAUUUUUGGAUAGACUUUAAUUACUGUCCACGUACCCUCUCGUUCAGUGGGCGUUGCCAAACAAAUACCAAAGCAAUAUAUACAAACUGUUCUGCGAGUCUAAAAAUUACUAAAUUAUCGCUCAAUAACUUAACACUCACCGUGCAUUUUCAAGCACCAGUACAAAUUUUUAAGGAAACUAGUGAUUUACCUGAUAUAAGUCACAUUACAACAGCUAAAAUCAUUAUACCAAGAGAUGAAGCUAUGCGUUUAUUGGAAAAUGAAUUUAUUUUGAAAUACUUUAAUGAAUCCCCUCUGCCGAAUCUGCACAACAAAAUUUCAUCAUUUGUUAAACCCCAUAAUAUAUCCACACCACUUUCAAGUACUGAAGAUGCCGAAAAGGCGAUUGGCAGCAAAAUAAACAAAGGCAGGAAUGAUUAUGACAACUUAGAGAACAAGGAAAAUAUUUCACCUGAAGAAGGAAUUACAGACAUUAGAAGCGGAAAGUCAAACAAGAAGACAACUUCAAAACAAUUUCAAAAAAGUUAUGAAAUUUUAAUAGGUCUACCUAAGAGUAAUAACGAGAAAACUAAUGAAAAACGCAAAGUCAGCAAUACAAAUAAUAAAACAGCUAAUUCCACCGAAAAUUUUAAUUUUCAGCUACCACAUUUACCAAACUUGCAAAAGGAAUUUGAUCAUGACCUGUCAAAAAAUACACGUAAUCGUAGUACACAAAGGAAAAUAGUUAAUUACUCAACAUCCACUUCAGAAACACAAACUUCUUCACAAAUAUCUACAAACCCUUUGAAUGAAAAUGCCAAAAAAUCGCGGAAACGUUUCUUUAAAACUCAGAACUACAACUCCGACGCUGAUUAUGUUCCCAACAAAACUAAACGAGUUUCACGCACACGAAGUACCAGAAAUGCAAAGCAAAAAAGUUCUAAUACAUCUAUAAAUAAGAUGAAAAAAAUUAAUGAAGUUAAGCCCAUGUUAUACUCGAACCAAGAACUUAAUAAAAUUGAUGGAAACAUAUGUACUAGUCACUUCGCUGUUGAAGUUAGUGCUAAUUUAAACCAUCAUUUACCAAAUUCGACAAUAGUAGAGGAGUUACCUAAUUUAAAUACGAAUAUUUAUGAGGAUUUCACCGUAAGCGAUGCCGAGCCAGGGAAAUCAUAUCGUAACUUUAGAAUUCGACGUCAUCCAUUUAACAAUGAGAAUACCAAAAAUGAAGUAAAACGACCUAGAAAUGCAUUACCGCGUGGUAUUAAAAAAAAAGGACAACUUGUCGUUACCAACCUCAGGUCCACCAAACCCAGUGCAGAGAAAACGCUGGAUCCAUUUGAUGCAGCGAAAAUUUUAAGGAUAACCCAAUCAAAAGUUCAACAACCAGAAAUAGUAAAACUCAUAAAUAAAAAUAUAACUUCAUCGGAGAUAGAUAUGUGCCUGACAACACAGCAAAAUUUAACCGAUGCUGUCGGUUGCAAACGAAAAUUAUAUAACACAGAGGCACUCAACAAAGAWACGGCUCUGCCAUUAGGAAAUAUUGAAAGAAACGAAUGUGAAAUACCCAAAACAGURCCAAAUUUGCCUGCGCCAGCAAUUGGUACUGAAUUGAACGUAGAAGAGCAGGUUGAUGAUAUUCAGGACUGCCGUCAGGAUAUGAGCCAAUAUGGCAUUAAUAACAACGUAUCCGACUAUGACGAAUUUAGUGAUUUUCCGACUUUUCCCACUUUGGAUAUCUCUGAUAUGUGUCUAUCGCCUGAACGUCAAUCGGAUAAAGAUUCAACGCAAAAAGCAACAUCACAAACGGGCACUAUCCACGCGCUGCCCACUAAAUCAAAAACUCCAGCUCCAAUGGAUURUGCAAGCAAAUUGGAGUCGAAUAAAAGUAUCAUAUAUUGUUCGCGAUCUGAAAACGAUAGUGAUAGUGAGCAAUCCACAUUUUCAAAUAACAAUAGAGAAUUAUCUUUAACACGAACUUUGGAACUGCCUUUACAAAGACAGCAACAUGUGUUCUUAACGCCACAAUUACCGUUGCAAAAUUUUCGAAAAACCACAAGCCUUACCAAAUGUCAAGUUACCAACACCGGRACGUCGGUAAUCACACAGAAAGAUAGUUUUAUACAUCAGCGAAAAUUUUUAGUAAAUUUAGCAACUUCAACGAAUGCUCCGCUAAAUCUAUCAAAAGCCACCUCGAGGAUUACUGCAAGAACAACAACCAAAGCCGUGGUUGAAGAAAAUAGCCAAGUUAACGUGAAUAGUCCCAUACAAAGAAACAAAAGUUUUACCGCACCAACACCAAAAGCACUCUUACAAGAGUCUACGGAUAUGAUUGCCUCUUAUAAUAAAAAUUUAAAUAUACACUUAGACCAGAUUGAGACCAGUAUCGGUUCGAAUUCAGCCAAUGCAUAUAUUGAAAAAAUUUGCGAUAUUGGCGAAAGUAUGAUAAAUGAAAUAGAACGCGAGCGCAAAUCACUGUGGGAACUUGAAGUCAACGCUGAACGACUUGCUCGUCAACUAGGUUGGCAAUAUGAAGCUUAUCAGCGAAAACACCAGCAAUUUCAAUGUUUUAAACAAAAUAUUGACGAUCUUUUACGUAUAUUAAGUAAUAUAAAUUUAUCGGAAGAAAUUGAAAAUGAUGCUAAGCAUAAUAUUGAGAAACUGCUCCAAACAUCUAACUAUAUAACUGGCCAAGAAUGGCGGAAUUUCGUAAAUGAAAGCACAGAAAAYUUGCUUAAAGAUAUAUCUUCAUUGUCCAAUAUAUAG